AUGCGUGCCUCGAAGCUGCGCGCGGGGGCGGGGCGGGGCGAGCGCCCCACCCCUCGAGCCCACGUGGCCAACGUCGUGCGCGCGCUUCGCGCCUCGCGCCAUUUUUCCAUGCUGUUGGCGGCCUGGUUGUCUGAAAGACCCUCCAGGGAGGAAGAGCCAAGGGCGAAGGAGGCCAAGGCUUCGAAUACACAAGCAAAUGCAGAACUGCAAAGCACUCAGGAGCAGGCUGUGCCCACAGAAAGCCCAGCGGUUUUGAAUGACUACAGUUUAACCAAAUGUCACGAAAUAGAAAAUGUGGACAGUACAGAAGGCCCAACCAAUGAAGAUGAAGAUAUGGGAGAUGAUUCAAUGAAAAUGAAAGAUGAAUACAAUGAAAGAGAUGAGACUGUUUUAAAGCCAGAGCCCAUGGGAAAUGUGGAAGAGCCUGAAAUCCCUUACAGCUAUUCAAGAGAAUAUAAUGAAUAUGAAAACAUUAAGUUGGAGAGACAUGUUGUCUCAUAUGAUAAUAGCAGGCCAACCAGUGGGAAGAUGAACUGCGAUGUGUGUGGAUUGUCCUGCAUUAGCUUCAAUGUCUUAAUGGUUCAUAAGCGGAGCCAUACUGGUGAACGCCCAUUCCAGUGUAAUCAGUGUGGGGCAUCUUUUACUCAAAAAGGUAACCUCCUCCGCCACAUUAAACUGCACACAGGGGAAAAACCUUUUAAGUGCCACCUCUGCAACUAUGCGUGCCAGAGAAGAGAUGCGCUCACGGGGCAUCUUAGAACACAUUCUGUUGAGAAACCCUACAAAUGUGAGUUCUGCGGAAGGAGUUACAAGCAGAGAAGUUCCCUUGAGGAGCACAAGGAGCGGUGCCGUACAUUCCUUCAGAGCCCUGACCUGGGGGACACGGCAAGUGUGGAGGCAAGACACAUCAAAGCAGAGAUGGGAAGUGAAAGAGCUCUCGUUCUGGACAGAUUAGCAAGCAAUGUGGCAAAACGAAAAAGCUCAAUGCCUCAAAAAUUCAUUGGUGAGAAACGCCACUGCUUUGAUGUCAACUAUAAUUCCAGCUACAUGUAUGAGAAAGAGAGUGAGAUUAUACAGACAAGGAUGAUGGACCAAGCCAUCAAUAACGCCAUCAGCUAUCUUGGCGCGGAAGCCCUGCGUCCCUUAGUGCAGACACCGCCUGCUCCCACCUCUGAGAUGGUUCCAGUUAUCAGCAGCAUGUAUCCCAUAGCCCUCACCCGGGCUGAGAUCCCAAAUGGUGCCCCCCAGGAGCUAGAAAAGAAGAACAUCCACCUGCCAGAGAAGAGCCUGCCUUCGGAAAGAGGCCUGUCCCCCAACAAUAGUGGCCAAGACUCCACGGACACUGACAGUAACCACGAAGAACGCCAGAAUCACCUCUAUCAGCAAAAUCAUGUGGUCCUUCCUCGGGCCCGCAAUGGGAUGCCACUUCUGAAGGAGGCGCCCCGCUCUUACGAACUCCUCAAGCCCCCUCCCAUCUGCCCAAGAGACUCCAUCAAAGUGAUCAACAAGGAAGGGGAGGUGAUGGAUGUGUUUCGGUGUGACCACUGUCGAGUCCUCUUCCUGGAUUACGUGAUGUUCACCAUUCACAUGGGUUGCCACGGCUUCCGUGACCCUUUUGAGUGUAACAUGUGCGGAUAUCGAAGCCACGAUCGCUACGAGUUCUCAUCUCACAUAGCUAGAGGAGAACACAGAGCCAUGCUGAAGUGA